CCCAGCCUAUGCUUCGAGACCAUCUUCAACUUUCUCAAACGUCCAGCUAUCAUCCGCACAAUGAACGCUCUUCUCGCUGCGGGCCCGGCGAACGCCAGCCCAACCUCCAUCAGCACGCUCCCCUGCACUGCUGACCGGCUCCGGGUUCGGACUCAACAGCCUGCUCUCGCGUCUCGACCCCGGGCCAGCCGCGUUGCGCAACAACCACGGCAAUCUCUGGGUGUCCGGCUUCGCCCAUUAGGAGCCAAAGAUGGCAGAUCUCCCUCCAACAAUGCAUCCAGGGUUGGGCAGUGGCUUGCCAACGUCGGUGCGGAGUACGCUGAGACGGCGGCACCAGCUCCGACACGUUCCUCUCGGCCUCGGGCCUCGAGCUGGGACCUGCCACCGCGUGCCACAUCCGGCUGCGUUCCGAGUCGUACACCGCUUGCCGACAUCACCGCUCGAGCAUUAGCUGUGGAGAGCGCCCCAGCAGAGCCCGCGGCACUGCCCGCGAGGCGAGCCGCACGGGACGCCCGACACAUGCAGACGAGGCAUCGGCGGAGGCCCUCGCUCUGCCGGGGCCUUGCCGAUGACAUCAAUCUCCUGACGGAAGACGAGGCGAGACGGCUGUUGCUCUUGUCUGCCCAGUCCAACUCGUACCUGGCUGCCGCCAUCAGAGAACUGUCUUUCGGCCGGUCGAGCGACGCUUGGGACGUGAACCGAAUGCAGCUGCAUGCACGCCAGAGCUGUCUAGUCGAUACGUUCGACGGGAGCGUCGUGUCGAGGGGCGUUCGGUGCUGUUAGGGCUCUCGAUAGUUUGGAUGUGCAGUGCCAGCUGGCUCUGUGUGACCGCAGGAUUCAUUCGCUAUCUAUCCUUCACUUCAGUUUUCGACGUGAUCUGAGGCGUGGCAGACCUGCUUGAGGGUGUCGGAACGGACACUGUUGAGAUCUGGGUGGAUAACGGCGCACCGGUGGAAGCAGACAUGGGGGUUCAUCGGGAGCAUGCCAUGGAAUUCGUGGUCGCGCUUCCAUCACCUAAAUAUCCAAGGGGCCUACGUCCGCUGUAAAUGAGGUACCUACAUCGUCUUAGUCCACAAUCCAGACUUGAGUCUCUUCAC